AUGAACAAUUUUCAGAAACCGAGAUUGAAUCCAUAUACUCAAGUACUUUCAACUGGACUUCCGAACUAUGAGGGCCAGAAAUGGGCUAAACACAGAAAGCUUCUCAACCCUGCUUUUCAACUUGACAAGCUCAAGGUUCUUCGGAGGUUGUGGCCAUAUUUCACAACUCUAACGGGAGAUGGUAUCGCUAAAGCUGCAUUUGGAAGUAGCUUUGAGGAUGGAAGAAAGAUAUUCAACAUUCUCACAGUUCAGAAGAAUCUUGUUAUUAGUCUUCUCAAGUAUUCUUAUAUCCCAGGAUAUCAAUAUAUGCCAACAAAGGGAAACCGGAAGAUGAAAGAAACGGACAACGAAAUAAAACUCCUAUUGACAAAUUUGAUUCGUCAAAGGAAAAAGGUAAUGGAGGCAGGAGAAGCUCCGAAAGAUGACUUGUUGGGGAUGCUGCUUGAAUCCAACGCAAACGAAGCUGCACAAGUUAAUGAAAAUGGAAGUGGUAGUACCAAGCGACAACUGUUGUCACAUCAAGUUUCCCUGAGAUGA